AUGCAUGUCUUAAAUAUUGAGAGCUUCAAAGUCCAAGUCAACCGUCAGAACGCCCAUAGUAGAACACUUGCCGCGCGAGCCAUCGUCGAGCUAUUUCGGCUUGUGAAGCGCGAGGAGGAAAUCAACCGCCAAAUUCUUGCCUUCUCAAUUUCGCUCGAUCAUCGACUUGUUAGAAUCCACGGUCAUUAUCCUGUGAUAGAUGGCAAGAACACGACCUACUACCGCCAUCCAGUUCGUACAUUCGAUUGCACUGAGCUGGACGGCAAGGAGAAGUGGACGGCUUAUCAGUUGACGAGGAACAUCUCCACCCUUUGA